AUGCAGAUAGACGGAGGAAAUAUUGAGUUUGAAGUUGAAUACUUGGUCUAUCUCAAGAUGAUCACAUUCAAAGGGAGGGCUAGAGUUUCUGGCAAAAGAAAACUAGACCCUAGGUACUUGGGUCCGUUCAGAAUCAUAGAAAGAGUUGGGGCUGUGGCUUAUAAGUUGGAACUGCCACCAGCCAUGGAUGCGUUCCAUAACGUGUUUCAUGUGUCACAACUCCGAAAAUGUUUGUCUGAUCAGGACAUAAUACUACCCGAGAUCCCUACGGAUUUGGAUAAGAAUCUGACUCUAGAGACGAGGCCGGUCCGCAUAGUGGACCGAACAGAAAAGACAACAAGGAAGAAGACCAUUCCCAUGAUCAAGGUCGUGUGGGAAUACAAUGGCAAGGAUGUAAUCACCUGGGAAACAGAGGCAACGAUGAAGGCCGAGUAUCCUGAGUGGUAUGAUCAGAGAUGGACGAGUGAUGUGGGAGCUGGACGGGACAGCGGCCGAGCUGGUCAGCUCAGGGAAGCUCAAUGGGAGUGGCCGAGCUUGGGCAGGCAGUAUGCAUCAGCUCGUGGAGCUAGAAGGACUAUCUCACUCAGCUGGGACCAGCUAGCAGUCAGCUCAACUCAGCUGGGCCGAGUGUUCAUGUCCGGGACAAUGGGCGGUUACAAGGAUGGUUAUGGUGGUUCAGUUAGAUGGUGCGGCCACGGUAUGGACAGUCAGUUAAAGGGCUUGGCCUUGGCUUCAGGAUAG